UCCCUCAGUAACUUUUGUCAUUUUGCAGUGUUCGGUUCGGCAAUCAAAUAUCCAGCAGAAUGUCGAGCAAAAAAAAAGGACUGGACAUUAUAUUAGCUACAGCGGAAUACGUCACCGGUACCCAGGGAUUUGAUCAAGUCUUGAGAAUGAUUAAAAUAACCGACGGCGGUGAUGGUCGCGCCGUGGGAGAGUUUACUGUGGCAAAGGAGCACUUGAACCGCCAAGGAACCCUUCACGGAGGUCUAAUGGCCACAAUUGUUGAUAUUUGCACAACAUAUGCCCUAAUGUCGAAAGGAAGUCACCCCGGCGUAACUGCUAAUUUAAAUAUCUGCUUUACAGCCCCUGCUCAUCUUGGGGAAGUAAUUCAAUUAGAUUGUAAUACUGUACGGGCUGGAAAGAAAAUGGCCUAUCUGGAUUGCCUUCUGACCCGCAAAUCGGAUGGCAAGGUCAUCGCCAAGGGCGGACAAGUCAAGUACAUUCAAUUCGACAAAAAGAAGCUCGAUUACUAAACCAAUUGUAUGGAUUUUAUGUGAAAAAAUUCGAAAUCGUUUUUUGAAUAAACUAUUUUGGAGGGA